CUUAUUGUGGUCAAAGAGAUGUUUUACUCUCGACCUUACUGGGAUCAGCUAAGUUUUAUUUUUAAACCAGUCACCAGUUCACUGCAACAUGUUCUGUGUGUAAAACGGGCCAUACCAUGUCAUGUAGAACCUGUUUGCUCACGUGUGAUCCCCAACAUAACACAGAUCUGCAACAUGGCAUUUGGCAUUUUAUCCAUGCCAAAGGCUGUAGCAUUUCCUCUGGUUUUAGAAGCUUUUCAUGACUUUGGUUUGCUUGCUAAUUUAAAAGGACCACCAUGUACAUUUACCCAUUGAGGCUAUGUUGGAUCCCUUUCUCACUUGUCCUGUGUCUCAUAAUGCUUAUAAAAUACCUUUUUGCUAAAUAAAACAAGUUUCGUGUUGUGCAGGCCAAUGACAUCUUUAGCACUUACUGUGAGAAAGAAAGGAGGAUCUGUUUUAUAAUUUUAGAAAGAAAACGGGUCAGAAGAGGGAAGUGGAACAACAAAAAGGAACCUAUGCAAGAACAAAAGUAUCUUUGCAGACACAUUUCAUGAAUCUUGGUGUCUGGGUCAAGAAAACUGACACAGACGUGCAAAUCACCUGAAAAUCAUGAAGAGGAGUUUUGCCCUUGCUUUUGUCUUCAUUCUGGAAGGGUUUUUUCCGACUGAAGCCAUGUCAGUAACAGGAACUGCGGGGAAACCAAUCACAAUAAAAUGCUCUCAUUCUUAUGCCACCACAAAUGUCAAAUAUUUCUGCAAGGGAGCAUGCAGUUAUGAAGACGUCUUGAUAAAAAGCAACGAUGUGAACCGAGACCAAAAUGGGAAGUACUGUAUAAAAGAUGAAGGGAACACAUUCAGUGUGACAAUAUCAAACCUGGAAAUGAGUGAUGAAGGAAUUUACUGGUGCGGCAUUGAGAGAGCUGGGGUUGACACGUAUAACAAAGUGAAACUCUGUGUAGUUGGAAUUCCAGGCGGCAGCCUACAGACAUUGCAUCCUAAAAAGCUCCUGUAUGUUGGAACAGGUGUUGGUGUAGCUGUGCUGGCUCUGGCGAUCGUCCUUUUGUUAUUCUUCAAACUUAGAAAAAGGAACGUCAGCACGUCACAAGGAAAGGACGAUGACGUUAAAUAUGCGACGCCUUCAUCAACCCAGAAAAUAACUCCACAGGCCAAUGGCACUUCAUCGGUCAAUGAGGAGCAAGGACCAAACUGCAGAAUAACCAUGGAGCCAACAGAAGUUCUGUACUCCAACAUCGCUUCAGAGCCUAAAGUCCAGUCAGAUGAGCUUUUUUACGCCACAAUCGGCGCCAGCAAACACCCAACCUGCAGCCCAGUCCCGACUCAACCUGAACUAACCACAUACUCGUCUGUUCAACCCAAAUAUGCAGCCUCCAUCAGGUGAAAAGCUUACAGUCUGCUUUGUGCAUGUUGGGAUUUACCUUUAAAACUUAGACAAAGAUAACUUAUCUCUGCAGCUUUUAACAUUUACAUCUUAGACUGUGAGAAAAUUAUAUUGUAUGAUUAUAACAGUUAUUUUUAGGUUUAUUCUUGUGUUUUUAUUUGAUGAGACUAAAAACAGAAACGGAGGCAAUGAUCUGAAAGAAAGGCUUCAGUGCAUCCUUUUACAUCCUAACCUCCAUUGUUAUUGAUUAUUGUAUGAGGUGGUUGUUAUGUGAGCUUAAAAGCAUCAAAAAUGAUCAGGGUAACUGAUUAUAAAUAAAAAAAAUUUUGUAUUAAAUAAAAAAUUUUAAGUUGAUGACUCUGAUACUGAUGAUUUAAUUCUGUUUUCAGGGCUAUGAUUACUAUUAUUAUUUUUUUUUACUUCAUGUUAUUCAUCUUGUCUUCCUUGACAUAAAAUGAUGUAAAAAAUAUCAAAUAAAAAUGGCAGCAGAACAGA